AGCUGCUGAGAAGAGCCUACUGACAUGACAUCAGCCACGGAGUUUGAAAACGUGAGCAGCCAGCCACCGUACAGCCGGAUCAAUGCACGCUGGGAUGCCCCAGAUGAUGAGCUGGAUAAUGACAACAGCUCGGCCAGGCUCUUCGAGAGGUCUCGGAUCAAGGCCUUGGCAGAUGAGCGGGAAGUUGUUCAGAAAAAGACCUUUACGAAAUGGGUGAACUCCCACCUGGCUCGAGUGUCCUGCCGCAUCACCGAUCUCUACAAGGACCUGCGUGAUGGGCGGAUGCUCAUUAAGCUGCUGGAGGUGCUGUCUGGAGAGAUGCUGCCAAAGCCUACCAAGGGGAAGAUGCGCAUCCACUGCCUGGAGAAUGUGGACAAGGCCCUGCAGUUCCUCAAGGAGCAACGUGUGCAUCUGGAGAACAUGGGCUCCCACGACAUCGUGGACGGCAACCACCGCCUGGUCCUGGGCCUCAUCUGGACCAUCAUCCUCCGCUUCCAGAUUCAGGACAUUGUUGUCGAAACUCAGGAAGGUCAUGAGACGCGCUCAGCCAAGGAUGCCUUGCUGUUAUGGUGUCAGAUGAAGACAGCAGGCUACCCCCGUGUCAAUGUCACCAACUUCACCUCCAGCUGGAAGGAUGGCCUGGCCUUUAAUGCCCUGAUACACAAGCACCGGCCCGACCUGAUCGACUUUGAUAAACUGAAGGACUCUAAUGCCCGGCACAACCUGGAGCAUGCGUUUGACGUGGCCGAGCAUCAGCUGGGCAUCAUCCCGCUCCUUGACCCCGAAGAGCUGCGGGAUUCUUUUCUGGUGAUGACCUCAGCAUCCUCAGCCCCUGAGCUCUCUGUGCAGGGCCUGUGGAUCAUCAAGUUUCAGGAGAAAGGGAAUCUGGAAGUCCUGCUUUUUACCAUCCAGUCCCGGAUGAGAGCCAACAAUCAGAAAGUGUAUACGCCCCAUGAUGGGAAACUAGUGUCUGACAUCAACCGGGCCUGGGAAAGCCUAGAGGAAGCCGAGUAUCAGCGGGAGCUGGCCCUGAGAAAUGAGCUCAUCCGGCAGGAGAAGCUGGAGCAGUUGGCCCGGCGCUUUGACCGAAAGGCUGCGAUGAGAGAGACGUGGCUCAGUGAAAACCAGCGCCUUGUGGCCCAGGAUAACUUCGGGUACGACCUGGCAGCCGUGGAGGCCGCCAAGAAGAAGCACGAGGCCAUCGAGACCGACACAGCUGCCUAUGAGGAGCGGGUAAGGGCCCUUGAGGACCUGGCCCAGGAGCUGGAGAAGGAGAAUUACCAUGACCAGAAGCGCAUCACAGCCCGCAAGGACAACAUCCUGCGCCUAUGGAACUACCUGCAGGAGCUGCUGCAGUCCCGGCGCCAGAGGCUUGAGACCACACUGGCGCUGCAGAAGCUCUUCCAGGACAUGCUGCACAGCAUAGACUGGAUGGAUGAAAUCAAGACUCACCUCUUGUCUGCUGAGUUUGGAAAGCACCUGUUGGAGGCUGAAGACUUGCUACAGAAGCACAAGUUGAUGGAGGCUGACAUUGCCAUCCAAGGGGACAAAGUGAAGGCCAUCACUGCAGCCACCCUGCAGUUCACUGAGGGGAAAGGGUACCAGCCUUGUGACCCCCAGGUCAUUCGGGACCGCAUCAGCCACCUGGAGCAGUGCUUUGGGGAGCUGAGUGACAUGGCAGCUGGGCGAAAGGCUCAGCUGGAGCAGUCCAAGCGGCUCUGGAAGUUCUUCUGGGAGAUGGAUGAGGCCGAGAGCUGGAUUAAGGAGAAAGAGCAGAUCUACUCCUCCCUGGACUAUGGCAAGGAUCUGACCAGCGUGCUCAUCUUGCAGCGCAAGCAUAAGGCCUUUGAAGAUGAGCUCCGUGGGCUGGACGCCCACCUGGAGCAGAUCUUCCAGGAGGCUGAGGGCAUGGUUUUACGCAAGCAGUUUGGGCACCCACAGAUUGAAGCCCGCAUCAAAGAGGUGUUGGCCCAAUGGGACCAGCUGAAGGAACUGGCUGCCUUUCGCAAGAAGAACCUCCAGGAUGCUGAGGACUUCUUCCAGUUCCAGGGCGAUGCAGAUGACCUUAAGGCCUGGCUGCAAAACGCCCACCGGCUGCUCUCAGGUGAAGAUGUGGGGCAGGAUGAAGGGGCCACACGGGCCCUGGGGAAAAAGCACAAGGACUUCCUGGAGGAGCUAGAGGAGAGCCGAGGUGUGAUGGAGCACCUGGAGCAGCAGGCCCAGGGCUUCCCCCAAGAGUUUCGGGAUUCCCCAGAUGUGACCAGUCGGCUGCAGGCCCUCCGAGAGCUCUACCAGCAGGUGGUGGCCCAGGCAGACCUGCGUCGACAGAGGCUGCAGGAUGCCCUGGACCUGUACACAGUGUUUGGGGAGACGGAUGCCUGUGAGCUGUGGAUGGGCGAAAAGGAGAAGUGGCUGGCCCAGAUGGAUAUCCCUGACACACUGGAGGACCUGGAGGUCGUGCAGCACAGGUUCGACAUCUUGGACCAGGAGAUGAAGACUUUGAUGGCUCAGAUUGACGAUGUAAACCUCGCUGCCAACAGCCUGGUGGAGAGUGGCCACCCACGCAGUGGGGAAGUGAAGCAAUACCAGGACCACCUGAAUACCAGGUGGCAAGCAUUCCAGACCAUGGUGUCAGAGCGGCGGGAAGCGGUGGACUCAGCCCUCCGGGUGCACAACUACUGUGUGGACUGUGAAGAGACCAGCAAGUGGAUCACAGACAAGACAGAGGUGGUAGAGUCUACCAAGAACCUGGGGCGGGACCUGGCAGGUGUCAUCACCAUCCAGCGGAAGUUGUCAGGGCUGGAGCGUGACGUGGCCGCCAUCCAGGCCCGCGUGGAGGCCCUGGAGCGUGAGUCGCAGCGUCUGAUGGAGUCACACCCCGAGCAGAAGGAGGACAUUGGCCAGCGGCAGGCAUACGUGGAGGAGCUGUGGCAGGGCCUGCAGCGAGCCCUUCAGGGCCAGGAGGCCUCCCUGGGCGAGGCCAGCCAGCUGCAGGCCUUCCUGCAGGAUCUGGACAACUUCCAGGCCUGGCUGUCCAUGGCCCAGAAGGCCGUGGCCUCUGAGGUCACGCCCGAGUCACUCCUGGAGGCCGAGCAGCUCCUGCAGCAGCAUGCAGCCAUCAAGGAUGAGGUUGACGGGCACCAGGAGAGCUUCCAGCAUGUCAAGGCCUCUGGGAAGAAGGUGAUCCAAGGCCAGACAGACCCAGAGUACCUGCUUCUGGGCCAGCGGCUGGAGGGCCUGGACACCGGCUGGGACGCCCUGCACCGGAUGUGGGAGAGCCGUGGCCACUCCCUCGCCCAGUGCCUUGGCUACCAGGAGUUCCAGAAAGAUGCCAAGCAGGCCGAAGCCAUCCUCAGCAACCAGGAAUACACUCUGGCUCACUUGGAGCCCCCAGACUCCCUAGAGGCUGCAGAGGCUGGGAUUCGGAAGUUUGAGGAUUUCUUGAUGUCUAUGGAGAACAACCAGGAUAAAGUCUUGAGUACUGUGGACUCUGGAAACAAGCUGGUAGCUGAGGGAAAUCUGUACUCAGACAAGAUCAAGGAGAAGGUGCAGCAGAUUGAGGACAGGCACAGGAAAAAUAACGAGAAGGCCCAGGAGGCCUCGGUUCUCCUGAGAGACAACCUGGAGCUACAGAACUUCCUCCAGAACUGCCAGGAGCUCACUCUUUGGAUCAAUGACAAGCUGCUGACAUCUCAGGAUGUCUCCUAUGAUGAAGCACGAAACCUGCACAACAAGUGGCUGAAGCACCAGGCGUUUGUGGCAGAGCUGGCUUCCCAGCAGGGGUGGCUGGAAAAUGUUGACGCAGAAGGGAAGCAGCUGAUGGAGGAGAAGCCCCAGUUUAGGACCCUGGUGUCUCAAAGGCUGGAACACUUGCACCGGCUCUGGGAUGAGCUGCAGGCCACCACAAAGGAGAAGACCCAACACCUGUCGGCCGCCAGGAGCUCUGAUCUGCGCCUGCAGACCCAUGCUGACCUCAACAAGUGGAUCAGUGCCAUGGAAGACCAGCUGAGGUCGGAUGACCCAGGAAAGGACCUGACCAGCGUCAACCGGAUGUUGGCUAAGCUGAAGCGAGUGGAGGACCAAGUGAAUGUGCGGAAAGAGGAGCUGGGGGAGCUGUUUGCCCAGGUGCCCUCACUGGGAGAGGAGGCAGGAGACGCAGACUUGAGCAUUGAGAAGCGGUUCCUGGACCUCCUGGAACCCCUGGGGAAGAGGAAGAAGCAGCUGGAAUCAUCCAGAGCCAAGCUGCAGAUCAGCCGGGACUUAGAGGAUGAGACGCUCUGGGUGGAGGAGAGGCUGCCUCUGGCCCAGUUGGCCGACUAUGGCACUAACCUGCAAACUGUGCAGCUGUUCAUGAAGAAGAACCAGACGCUGCAGAAUGAGAUCCUGGGCCACGCGCCACGGAUCGAUGAUGUGCUGCAGAGAGGGCAGCAGCUGGUGCAGGCGGCGGAGAUCGAUUGUCAGGACAUCGAGGAGCCUCUGGUCCACCUGCAGGGCUCGUGGGACAUGCUACAGGAGGCUGCAGCUGGGCGGCUGCAGCACCUGCGGGAUGCCCACGAGGCACAGCAGUACUACCUGGAUGCGGGUGAGGCCGAGGCCUGGAUCAGUGAGCAGGAGCUCUACGUCAUCUCCGAUGAGACCCCCAAGGAUGAAGAGGGUGCCAUCGUGAUGCUAAAGCGGCAUUUGCGACAGCAGCGCACAGUGGAGGAGUACGGGCGGAACAUCAAGCAACUGGCCGGCCGGGCCCAGAGCCUGCUGGCCGCAGGCCACCCCGAGGGGGAAGAGAUCAUCAGACUCCAGGGCCAAGUGGAUAAGCAGUAUGCCAGGCUGAAGGACAUGGCAGAAGAGCGCAAGCGGAAGCUGGAGAACAUGUACCACCUGUUCCAGCUGAAGAGGGAGGCCGACGACCUGGAGCAGUGGAUUGCGGAAAAGGAGCUGGUGGCCUCUUCCUUGGAAAUGGGGCGAGACUUUGACCACGUUACCCUGCUCCGGGACAAGUUCCGGGACUUUGCCCGAGAGACUGGGGCGAUUGGGCAGGAGCGGGUGGACAACGUGAAUGCCGUCAUCGAGCGGCUCAUUGAUGCAGGCCACAGCGAGGCGGCCACCAUCGCCGAGUGGAAGGAUGGGCUGAAUGAGAUGUGGGCGGACCUGCUGGAGCUCAUCGACACGCGCAUGCAGCUGCUGGCUGCCUCUUACGACCUGCACCGCUACUUCUACACUGGCGCCGAGAUCCUGGGCCUCAUCGACGAGAAGCACCGUGAGCUGCCCGAGGACGUGGGUCUGGAUGCCAGCACAGCCGAGUCCUUCCACCGGGUGCACACCGCCUUCGAGCGGGAGCUGCAGCUGCUGGGUGUGCAGGUGCAGGAGUUCCAGGAUGUGGCCACCCGCCUACAGAAGGCCUACGUUGGGGAGAAGGAAGAAGCCAUCCAGGUCAAGGAGCAGGAGGUGUCUGCCGCGUGGCAGGCUCUACUCGAUGCCUGUGCCGGGCGCCGAAACCAGCUGGUGGACACGGCAGACAAGUUCCGCUUCUUCAGCAUGGCCCGCGACCUCCUCUCCUGGAUGGAGAGCAUCAUCCGGCAGAUUGAGACCCAGGAGAGGCCCAGGGAUGUCUCUUCUGUGGAGCUGCUCAUGAAGUAUCACCAGGGCAUCAGGGCAGAGAUCGAAACCCGGGGCAAGAACUUCAGCGCCUUUCUGGAGCUGGGCAAGUCACUGCUGCAGCGGCAACACCAGGCCUCGGGAGAGAUCAGUGAGAAACUGCAGCAGGUGCUGUCCAGAAGGAAGGAGAUGCAUGAGAAGUGGGAGGCCCGCUGGGAUCGGCUCCGCAUGUUGCUGGAGGUGUGCCAGUUCUCGAGGGAUGCCUCCGUGGCCGAAGCGUGGCUGAUCGCCCAGGAGCCCUACCUAGCCAGCCGGGACUUUGGACACACAGUGGAUAGCGUGGAGAAGCUCAUCAAGAGGCACGAGGCUUUUGAGAAAUCCACAGCCAGCUGGGCAGAGCGCUUUGCUGCCCUGGAGAAGCCCACCACGCUUGAGCUGAAAGAACGCCAGACGCCAGAGAGACCCAUGGAGGAGACUGGGCCUCAAGAGGAGGAAGGCGAGACAGCAGGGGAGGCUCCCCGAGUUCCCCACCGUGCGGCCACCGAGAGAACGUCCCCGGGGGAAGAGGAGGGGCCAUGGCCUCAUGACCUACAGCCGCCACCCCCACCAGGGCAGCACAAGGAUGGGCAGGAGGAGAAAUCCAGUGGGGAUGAGAGGCCCGCCACAGAGCCCCUCUUUAAGGUCCUGGACACACCUCUGAGCGAGGGUGAUGAGCCCACAACGCUGCCGGCCCAGCGGGACCAUGGGCACAGCGUGCAGAUGGAGGGCUACCUGGGCCGCAAGCACGACCUGGAGGGGCCCAACAAGAAGGCAUCCAACAGGUCCUGGAACAACCUGUACUGCGUGCUCAGGAAUAGCGAGCUGACUUUCUACAAAGAUGCCAAGAACCUGGCCCUGGGGGUGCCCUACCAUGGGGAGGAACCCCUGGCCCUGAGACAUGCGAUCUGUGAGAUUGCUGCCAACUACAAGAAGAAGAAGCAUGUCUUUAAGCUGAGGCUGAGUAAUGGCAGUGAGUGGCUCUUCCAUGGCAAGGACGAGGAGGAGAUGCUGUCCUGGCUGCAGGGCGUGAGCACCGCCAUCAACGAGUCCCAGAGCAUCCGCGUCAAGGCGCAGAGCCUGCCCCUGCCGUCCCUCACCGGCCCCGACGCCAGCCUCGUGAAGAAAGACAAGGAGAAGAGAUUCAGCUUCUUCCCCAAAAAGAAGUAG